AUGAAUAUGUUGGAUGAUGAAGAUGACCAAAGCUUUCACGCUACGCGUGACGGCUACUCCCAUUUGAGCGAUGUCGAAUGGGAUGCGGUUGAACGAAUGGGUUCGACCAUGGGCAUCCAUGCUGUUAGCGUCAUGCUAGAGGCUCUCAAUAGAGAUGCCCAACAUGCUACUAUCGCCAAGUUCAUUCAAAAUGAACUUGACGCAGAACGCGAGAAAGUAGCCUUGCUUCACCAACAAGGUUCUCAACAAGCAGAGUUGUUGAGAGAACAAGGUGCUCAACAGUUUGAACUGUUGAGACAGCAGCAGGCUGCUGCUGGCGGGUCGAUGCACUCGCGUCGGCCCGAGACUUUGAAGAUUGACAUCUCAAAGGCGCUCGCAUCGACGGACGGGGAUAUGCAAGUUGCAUUUGCCCAAUCAAAUCUGGCAGGACGUGCCAAGACUUGGGCACUGGGGCUCAAGCUGCACGACCCAUAUGCGUUUGGGUCGUUGGAAGUCUUCAAGUCGCGGCUCAGACAAACGUUUGAACCUGCCUAG